GGUGUUGAAGGCCGCCAGCAGGAACAGAUGAUGAGAUACCAGCUGUUGGGCGGUAAUGUUGUGUACCUGGGCUGUACCGUGCUGUACCGCCACACCUGCCACCCCUUACACACCUGCCACCCCUCGCCCCGGACCUGGCUCCCCAGUCCUCACUCUUAGAUUUUGAUUAUGGCACUGACUCGAAAAUUUGGACAAUCUAUUCUGCAUGCGAGGAGGCGCCUACUGCACACAACAGUAAAUGGAUUAGUCAAACAAACGAAUUAUGCAGAAGAUAUUGACCCACAGCAAUUUGCUCUUCUUGAUGAGCCGUGUAUCUUGGUGGAUGAGAAUGACACAAAUAUUGGCUCGGCUUCCAAACGCGACUGUCAUUUGAUGCAGAAUGGAACAAGUCUUCUUCAUCGAGCCUUUAGUGUCUUCCUGUUUAAUUCUUCUGGUGAACUUCUGGUACAUCGUCGCUCUGAUGCAAAGAUAACAUUUCCAGGUCAUUACACAAACACUUGCUGCUCUCACCCACUUCACAUUCCACAAGAAACUAUCGAAGAAGACGCCUGGGGUAUCAGAAAUGCUGCUCAGAGACGCUUAGAAUUUGAGCUGGGAGUUCCUCCAGAGCAAGCAAUGCCACAAGACUUUACCUAUCUUACUAGGAUUCAUUAUGCAAGUCCAUCAGAUGGAGUGUGGGGAGAACAUGAGAUGGACUACAUUUUGUUUCUAAGAGGAGACGUUUCCGUUAAUCCAAAUGAGAAUGAAGUGCAAGAUGUGAGAUACGUGAAGCGAGAGAACUUCGAUACAUUUUUAUAUGGACUGAGGGAGAGUAAAAUUCCCAUUACCCCGUGGUUUUAUCUUAUUGCACAGAAGUUCCUCCCAUUGUGGUGGAAUAAUUUGGAUAACCUUGACAAGUUCACGGAUCAUCACCAAAUACAUCGUAUGCUAGAUUAACAUUUUAAUGGUUAUUUCUAGAAGCAUUUUCAUAUAGAAACUAAGGUAGCAACCAUAAAACUGGCCUUAAUAUUCAUUAUGUGGGCUAGCUAUUGUAUGUCAGCCCAUCUCCUGUUUUGGUA